AUGUACCGAAAGUUUGUGGCUUUUCAGGGCAGACACCCAGUGUUCGCAAGCGCGGCCACAGGCGGGGCAGUGAUGAGCCUCGGUGAUUCAGCCGUACAGCUGGCAGACAGUGGAACCUGGGAUUGCCAACGGAACGCGGUGGUCAGCGCCUACAACGGAGGAAUCUCGCCCUUCUUCUACUACUGGUGGCAGCGCCUGGAUGCAAUUUGGCCAGGAACUGGGGUGGCGGCAGUGGCGCGCAAAACCUUGACCAACCAAGUCAUGGUGGCGCCGUUCAACAGCGCUUUGUUCCUGACCUGGAGCACAGCUAUUGAGCCAGAGUCUUAG